ACCAGUUCGGUUGUUGAUUCUCCUGACUGAGUGACCACUACUACCACCAUAUCGCGGACUGGUCUUCAGUAGGUCGCCCCCUGAACAUCUGUCUCCUCGCAUGUCUUUUCCUUCUUCCGUACGUAAGUUUUCGCGAGUUCCUCGUGAUGAAGGAAGACCACAAUAAUAAUCAUAAUCGCGAAGUGAAAUCGAAGCGAACAAUUUCGCGUUUUUUGGACACGCAGGGGAUCGCUGCUUACUUUUAGUGCAUUUACGAUUCAUGUUCACUAUGUAAAAUGUUACGCUGUUUUAUUUUACUUCUGUACUGCUAUACCGUCCUGGGUAUAGGCUACGACGCGGGAGGAUCAGAUAGGGCGACCUGUGGCCGCCCUUACAGGGCAGGCCGUCUCUAUCAGCCCCCAUGUGACCUCGGAACCCUUGGAUAUUGCACCCAAGCGGGCACCCUGUAUCCAUGGAGGGCGGUGCGGAAAUUCGUCAAAGACAACCAAGGGCUGAUGAGACGCAUGUACGGCGAUCAACGUCACGGGCACGUGUUACGUUCCGAACUGGAGGGCAUCGAGGACUUCGAGGAGGAAUGGGAGAAGAGGGAGAGGGAGAACGGAGGUUAUGGAAGAUGGAGGCCUACGCCCAUAAGGUUCGCUAGGUACCAGCGAGAUGAGUAUAUAGAUAAUGAGCUUGAAAGUGAGGAUUUUGCCGAUCAGUAUGAGGAGGAGCCUCGGUACCUUCGGGGAGAUUUGGCCAAUGAUGACGUCCUGAAUACUAAGUUCGUGAUUUCCGAGCAGGAAGCUGCCAUAGCGAUCAAAUUAGCUGAGUUAAAGGCUGCCGCGCAUUUUCGCCCUGCUAGUUUUAGAACCCAGUUUAAGCCGCCCAGCACUUCUACACCCAAAACCACUUUGACAUCAUCAAGUACCACUAAGAGCACAACCAAGUUGAAGCCGAUCAAUGGUACCCUUGUUGGCAAUGCAACCACCACAACAACCACUACGACAACAAUGGGACCAGAGAUGAACGAAAUAAUUGACAAAGUCGUGGAAACCACUACAGUCAAACAGAAGAAUUCUUCAGAAGCGGUUACUGUUGAUACGACUAGUGUUGCUUCUACAGUCACUACCACCAUAGAUUCGCUUGAGCUGUCUACAACGGAUACGACAACGGAAGAAGCGUCUAAAAAAACGACUUUUAGUGUAAUAAGUGAAAAGUUGGGUGAACAAGACCCUGAAAAAGAGACGACAAGUGAAAAACCCCUUAGUGAUAUUAGUGAGAGUGAGGAAGAUGGUUCGGAUCAGAGUCACGAGUCCAGUGAACAGAGUGAAAUUUACGCGGAUAGGGAGGAACAGGGACCCGUACCACCCGCGGUACUUUUUCAGGACCUCGAGGAGGACGUAACCAAGAAAAAGAAACAGCCGGUGGACUAUAAUGGCGUCAAAGGCUUUAAUGCUUGUCCAGUAAAAGAGGAAGUGGUGGCGCCAUUUUGGGCGAACAACACCAGGGGCGAAACGUUGGCCUUAUUGAACAUGUACCCGUUCGAACAGUACGUACACUGGGAAAAAUGCACUUUCGAGCACAGGCAAAUGUACUGCAGGGAAGGAUGCAGAUGUGAGCAACAGUACAGAUUACAUCGGCUUUUGGCGUACGAUCCAAAUAACGAAUGUCGGGGGAUCUUCUCGGACUGGUUCAGGUUUCCUUCGUGUUGUGUGUGCAAGUGCUACGAUAUGCCACCGGAGUUUCGCGUGACGUCACGCAGUCCCCGAUUCCAGGUUAACUAUCCAGAAGACGAGGAUAUUACUUAACCGGUUAUUUUUGUGUUAAAAUUAAAUAAAAUAAGGCUCGUGGCUUGUAGGUGUAAGAAAACGACAAAAAAAUGCUUGUUUUAUUAUUUUUUUAAUAAUUAUUAAUGUAAAUAUUUUAUUAUUAUUAUUUUGUUGAUUUUUCAAAAUUGUUGUCUAGUCCGCUUAUUUUGUUACUUAAUUGCUUAAUUAAAAUUUUUUAAUUAAUUUAAUUAUUUUGUUAUAACAUUAAACGUAUAGGAUUUUUUUUUGAAAAAAAUACUUUUAUUGUUAAAUAUUUGGUUCAGAAACAUUUUUCUAAUUGAAUAAUUCGCCUUGAUGCGGCCCUGAUUCUAAUGUCACUUGUCAAUCGAUUGACGUUUAACCCAUGGCUUAUCCGUCAAUAUUGAUUAGGCAACCAGCGGUGACGUAAAAAUCAGGGACGCAAUUAGUCGUACAUAUGCAUGUUCUUUUUUUGUUUUAAUUGUCCUAAUUUAUAUGUUUUUGCGUAAUGCUGUCAAAAAAUCCAUUUUUAUUAAAUUCUAUAUUUGUAAUAAAAUGCUUUCAUUGUUUAA